UGUGAAUGCAUUUCGUAAGUUUUCGCAUUCGUACUCUUUAGAAAGUCUAGCAAAUUCUCAUAAAAUGAUGAUUCUUGAAAUUAGUUUGAUUAAACGACGCUAAGAAGUGUAAUUUUUUGGUGAACAGCAGUUAGGCCGUUGUUUACGAUGAAAAAAUUAACCGGAACAUUCCGGAGUACCCAGUGGGAUCCAUAUCUCCUGGUAGCGCAAAUAGUUGCGAUACAGGCUUUACUCUAUGCUAGUCUCGGUCUGAUCAUGAUCAUGAUGGAUUAUUUAGCAGAGGCGAACCACACGCUGGAUCAUAUAUUCGAGUAUCACGAAAUUCACGUCACUGAUCUGGGUGGAAGGUUGAUCAUCGUGGCGUGGGUAAUCAACUCACUCGCUGGUUCCGGACUGCUCUGGUUCGUUGUUCGGCGAACAAAGCUCUGUUUGGAUUUUAGUGUUACGUUUCACUUUAUCCAUCUGGUGGUUUGCUGGUGGUACAACAGUGCCUUCCCCACCACCAUCAGCUGGUGGCUGCUGAAUGCGGUUUGCACCGCCCUGAUGUGCGUGGGUGGAGAGUUUCUCUGCCUCAAGACGGAACUUCGGGAAAUUCCAGUCGGUUACUCGGCAUUGAAUAACAAAGUUGAUUUGUAGUCUGUGGGAUCAUGGCCGCGAUGGCUUGGAUGUAAACUGAGUGCGAGUUAGUUUCGACUUGCUUGUGUUUUGUGUAAAAACUAUUAAUAAUGUAUGUGCUGUUUGUUAUGUUGUGUUCUUUUGCGUGUAAAUAUAAGUUUGAAAAAUUAGUUUCAUUUUGCAUUGCACGAUUGGGAAAUUGCGGCCUCGGAAUGUAUGGAUAAAAAGAGUAUUUUUUAUAAUAAAUGAUUAAAUGCUUUUAUGCUUUUAAAAUUU